AUGGAGUCCCUCGGGGGCCUGGAGGGCCAGGUCUCUGCCCUGCGGCGCACCCUCCGCCUGCUGGUGGGGCUGCUCGUCCCCUGCCUGCUCCUGCUCCUUUUCCUCAGCGCUCUGCUCCUGGCGCGCUGGAGGCUGUGCCGAAGGGUCGGGGGCCAGAGGGCCCCCCGGGGCCCCUCGACUCCCCCCCGGCUCUUCCGGGUGGCCCCAAAGGGUGCGGUGCUCAGGCGCGAUCCUGGGGGCGCAGCCGAGGCGGCUCCCGCCGGCCCGCGAGCCCCGCGCUGCAGCAGGAGGGCUGCCGUCCCCUCCGUCCCCAGAUCCAGCCCCCGCUUCUCCAGGCAGUGGGGGGACGCAGGGCCGGGCACAGCUUCCUUCUCCACCGACUUAGAAAACCGCCCCGCCUUGGUCCCCCACAACUCUCCCGCUACCACCUCGGGCACCGGGGGUGUCCUGGAGAGAGUCUUCUCCGGGUGCCACACCAGCACCCAGAACAAGCCUCGUAGCUGCAGCAGGCUGGCAUCGGCCAUCCCUUCAAGCAUGGGGCCUUUUGAGUUUGGCAGCAGCAUCCGACCCAGGGACAAGAGGACCCACCUCAACUCUGCCAACUUCACAGCUUCCCAAGGGCCCGGCUUUGACUCGGACUUUGGAGCCAGUGCUGGCGUUUCUGUUCGGAUCCUGUCAACAGACAGCGAAGGAAGCCCCAACGCGCCCGUUCUGCUUCACCAACAAGCCGAGCUGUUCGAGUGGGACUAUUACGACCCGAGCUACAAAAGGGAAGUUCAGCUCUGCCAUCCGCUGCCUCCCAUCUGCAGCAAGCAGUACUGGCUAUGAUCCAUGGGAGUCGACAAGUUAUCCUGUACUCUCACCACUC